AUGCCGACUCCAAUCCCUCAGCCCCCUGGUGUGCCCUUAUUGGGCAACAUCUUCGAUGUGGACCCUAAGAACACCUGGUCAUCGUUGAAGAAGCUUUCUGAGAAAUACGGCGAGAUCUUUCAGAUCAAAGUCUUGGGACACACCAUUGUCUUUGUUGCUGGUGCCGCCCUAGCUGAAGAGCUUUGCGACGAGAAGCGAUUCCGCAAGUAUGUCGGUGGUCCGAUUGUCGAGAUCAGAUACGCCGUCCACGAUUCGCUCUUCACAGCCUACGACCAUGAGGAGAGCUGGGGUGUCGCCCACCGCAUCAUCGCGCCCAAGCUGACACCACAGUCCGUGGCAGACCGCUUCGACGAUAUGCUGAGCACAACCAACGAGCUACUUGAAAAGUGGAAGGGCCUCGGACCUAACGAAGAGGUGUCUGCCAUUGGCGAGCUGAACAGACUCAACCUAGAGGCGACCACUCUGGCGCUCUUUGGCAAGAAGCUCAACUGCCUGACCGGCCCUGAGCACCCGAUGCUCAAGGGCAUGGAGGACUCGACAUCCGAGGCUAUGCAGCGACCAAACAGACCUGGCUUUUUGAACUGGCUCGUAUAUGGAAGUAAGUUCAAGAAGGCAACAGAAAUGAUGAGGUCGUAUGCGUCAGACUUGGUGGAGCAUAGAAGAACCAACCCAUCAGACCGCAAGGAUCUUCUUGCCGCCCUUCUUAACGCCGAGGAUCCCGAGUCUGGUAAAUCUUUCACCAACUCGCAGGUCAUUGAUGAGAUUGUUACCAUGCCCAUUGGCAGCAGCACCGCUCCAGGCCUGGUCAGCGCCAUCAUCUAUCUUCUUCAGAAGAACUCGCAUGUCAUCACCACUGCGCGGGCGGAGCUUGACCGCGUCGUUGGUAGCGGCGAGCUGACAUAUGCCCAUUUGGCGCAGCUUAAGUACAUUGAGGGCAUCGUUCGGGAAGGUCUGAGACUGUCUUUCGCUGCGCCGGGUUUCAACAUCGAACCUAUCCCUAAGGAGGGUGACAAGAGCCCAGUGCUGCUUGCAGGAGGCCAAUAUGAGGUCGCGUAUAAUCAGCCCAUGAUCCUCGUUCUUGCCGGAGUGAACCGCGAUCCUUCGGUGUUCGAGGACCCCUUGGCAUUCAAGCCUGAGCGCAUGGUGGGCGAGAAGUAUGACCAGCUGCCGAUGGGUGUGAAGAGGUACUAUGGCAAUGGCAAGCGCGAAUGUAUCGGCAAGCACUACGCAUGGCUCUGGAACAUGGUUGUUGUGGCAAAGCUCAUUAAGGAGGUUGAUUUCACGAUGGCGGAUCCGUCGUAUGAGUUGAAGCAGGAUGGCUGGUUCAACCUGAGGCCGGUCGAUUUCUAUGUGAAGAUUAAGCCGAGAACAAGCAGCAAGGCCCCGGAACUGUGA